AUGUGGGGCAACAGACUCCGGCUAGUGUCGCUACGAAAUGUUCCCUCUCAACGCGCUUUAUCAUCCCUAAGAAGCAGGAGUACCCCUCGAGGUUCCCGCAUCUACAGACCACCGACUCAACCCGCCAAAAGCACACCCGAAACACCCAAGACGCCUGAAACGUCAGAUGAGCCCGAUCCAACAAGCCCUCAACCUCAAGAUGGUCCCAAUCCCAAUUAUGAUCCCUCGAAAAACACUCUCCUCUCCCCUGUCCACAUGCCAGAGGACCCGAAUGGAGUGCUCAAGGAAAACCACCCCGCGACACGCAUAUUGGCAAACUCUGGACUAGUGGUUCAGCGGCAACUGGAAAUUAUGAAUCUGAUGGUCGGUUUCGAACAAGCAAAUAAAUACGUUAUUAUGGAUGCGCAGGGUAAUCAUGUUGGAUACAUGGCAGAGCAAGAGAAGGGAAUGACAAAUGCUAUUUCACGUCAAAUGUUCCGCACUCACCGAAGCUUUGUGACACAUGUUUUCGAUCGACAUGAGAAUGAAGUCUUGCGGUUCCAUCGCCCAUUCUCCUGGAUCAACUCUCGAAUCAAAGUCUAUGAUCCUCUUGAUGUCACCACAAGCGCCUAUACCCCCUCCACUGCCCUCCAAAAUACCACACCAGGGUCUCUUGUCUCAGCCAACGAGGCCUUGAACCCGCGCAUUUCACCGCUCGGCUUUGAUGAGAUGCGGAUUAUUGGUGAAUCUCAACAAGAGUGGGCGCCGCUACGCCGGAAAUAUAAUCUCUUCACUUAUCACCAAUCUCCGAGUCAAGCGGUAGAUAUGGGUGUCCAGAAAUUUUCACUUUCUGGAUCGGAUCUGUCAAAGUCCCAACAGAUGCAAGUAGCACAGGGGUCUGAGUCAGGACAGGGCGAGUUUAACCAAUUUGCAUACGUCGAUGCGCCAUUCCUAUCCUUGGACUUCAAUCUACUAUCUGCGGAAAAUCAGUUAGUUGGGUCUGUGAACCGCAACUUUGGUGGCUUUGCCCGAGAGAUUUUUACAGAUACAGGUGUAUAUGCCUUGCGCAUGGACUCCGCUGGAGCUGCAGCCGAAGCGUCACCCGCUGGAGGAUCGCCUACUGAAGUGACAAACCCCACAGGCAUGACACUUGACCAGCGUGCGGUUGUGCUAGCCACUGCCGUGACUAUCGACUUCGAUUACUUCAGUCGUCAUAGCCAUAGUGGUGGGUUCGGAUUCAUGCCAUUGUGGUUCCCUGGCAUGGGAGGGGAGGCUGCCGCUGGCGGCGCCGCAGCGGGUGGUGCGGUAGGUGGUGCGGCGGCUGGUGAAGCCGGAGCAGCAGGAGCAGCUGGAGCCAUUGGCGAAGCCGCAACAGGCGCUGUUGGUCGAGCCGGUGCUGCAGGUGGAUUGGCUGAAGGCAUUGGCGCAGGCGCAACGGGUGCCGGUGCAAUGGCUGGGUAUGAAGCUAUGCAACGUGGCAUGUCGGGCGAACAAAGUAGCCAGGCACCACCGAGUGAACACCCCGAUUAUGCUACACACGAACAGCAGGCACAACAACAGCCUGGUGCCUCCCAAGAUCCAUGGGCUGAAGAACAACAAGAAGACGUCUGGAAUGAUGACCCUUUCGAUGACUCUGGAGACUCUGAAGGUGGUGGGAGCAUCUCUGACUGGUUUGACCUUUAA